GACUGACAACAGUAUUUUAUACUGUGGUGCUGUAGUAAGUUGACAGCCAAUGGAACAAUAUGCCCGUGCAAAGCAGCCGUGAGCUCGUAAAUGGGAUUUAACGCACGGAUAUUCAAGUUCCAAUGUAGAAGGUGAGACUGUCUAAACCUGACUGCAAUGCCUAGUAGGCAUGGUAUAUGCUGGUGUUUGGGGGGCAGUCGGCCCCCUGAAAUCAAGUGUGUUGACUACAAUAGCCCCCCAAAACCCAUUGCUUUGGAUAUACCCAUGCCAACUGAUGAAAAUGAACUGAAUGCUAAGUUUGAGGAACUUGUGGCUGAGCUAGAUCUUGAUAAACAACACAGGGAUGCCUUGUACAGCCUGCCUCCGGAGAAGAAGUGGCAGAUUUACUGCAGCAAGAAGAGGGAUGAUGACCCCUCUACCCAGACAUGGCCCGACUACUAUGUGGAGCGGAUCAGCACCAUGUCAGCUUUGUAUCUUGGCUUCAACGAUGAAGAGAUCAAUCUGCGAAUUAAACUGGUGGAUAAUCUGAAAACGGCUCUCAGAACUCAGCCAAUGAGUUUCGUUGUGAGAUUUGUAGAGAAGAAUGGGCUGCAGUGUCUGUUGGACUAUCUGUGUAAGAUGGACUAUCAGCUCUCCGAGAGUCCAGUCCAUACUUCAGUCAUUGGCUGUAUUAAAGCACUUAUGAAUAACUCGCAUGGCCGAUCCCAUGUGUUAGCUCACCCUAACAGCAUCAACACCAUAGCCCAGAGUCUGAGUGUGGAGAAUGUGAAGACGAAGAUUGCGGUGCUGGAGAUACUGGGGGCCGUGUGUCUCGUUCCAGGGGGACACCGCAAAGUGCUGGCAGCUAUGCUGCACUUCCAGAAGUAUGCCUCAGAGAGGACACGAUUUCAGACCUUAAUCUAUGACCUUGACCGCAGCACUGGCAAGUACAGAGAGGAAGUUGGACUGAAGACGGCUGUCAUGUCUUUUAUUAAUGCAGCCCUCAAGUAUGGGCCUGGACAGGAUCAUCUUGAGUUUCGUCUACAUCUCCGAUUUGAGUUUUUAAUGCUCGGAAUUCAGCCAAUUCUUGACAAGUUGAGAGAUCAUGGCAAUUCAACUCUGGACAGACAUAUUGACUUCUUUGAGAUGGUACGCACUGAGGAUGAAAAAGAACUUGCCAAGAAGUUUGAUGGGGUUCAAGUUGACACUAAAAGUGCCUCACAGAUGUUUGAGAUCCUGCGUAAAAAGCUGGCUUUAUCAGCCGCGUAUCCUCAUCUACAGUCUGUUCUUCAGCAUCUACUCUUACUACCAUAUGGGAAGCAUGACUGGGUGUCUCUGUGGACAAUCAUUGAUCAAGUUGUACAUCAGAUUGUCUUACAGACAAAUGGACAGGAUCCUGAUGUUGCUCCAAUGGAAAUCAACCUCAAGAAAGUUGUUCAUCAACUAGCUAGUGAAAAUGAUGUUAAAUCAUAUCAACAGAAGCUGCGAGAAGUAGAAAAGAGCAAUGAUGAGCUCAAUGCUAAACUGGAGAAGAAAGAGAGAGAGUGUGAAGUUCGGUUGCAGGAAAAGGAAGAGUUGACCUCUACUAUGAAUCUUAUGAAGACCAAACUGGAAAAGGAGAUAGCAAACCAUGCUGAAACAAGAAAACAACUUGAUGAUCUGAUCAAUUCCUUUCAUGAAGCAAAGAUACAGCUGGAGACUGAGAGGGGUGAGAAGCAGAAGCUGCAGCACUUGGUGAAAACAGGAAGUCUUCCCGACGAUGCUAAGAUGGGGAUCUCCAAUGCUGCAGCAUCCCUCAUCUCGGUGGAUAUUGGUCGUGGAAUCUCGAACGGAUCUGUUCUACCUCCUGCAGCUCCUCCAGCUCCUCCACCCCCACCACCUGGAAUGGCCCCACCACCUCCAGGGGCUCCACCUUUAAUAGGUGGCUCUAGUUUAGGAAAGGUUCCUGGUUCUGCAAUGAAGAAGAAAAAUUGCCCCAAACCCAGUAACCCACUCAAGUCUUUCAACUGGACUAAGCUUCCAGAGAACAAAAUAGCAGGCACAAUAUGGACAGAUUUGGAUGAUACAAGGAUAUAUCCACUACUUGACCUCGCUGAGUUUGAACAGACAUUCUCAGCCUAUCAGCGGCGUGAAAGCCCUGAGGAUGACCACAUGAACUUUAAACCCAAAAACAAGGAGCUGACUGUGAUAGACGGGCGGCGUGCCCAGAACUGCAACAUCUUGCUGUCCAAGCUGAAGAUGACCAAUGAGGAACUGGCCCGGGCUGUGAUGAGCAUGGACUCUGGAGAAGAUCUUCCUAAAGACAUGGUAGAACAGUUACUGAAGUUUGUUCCUACUCCUGAGGAAACUCAACUGUUAUCUGAGCAUGCUCAAGAUAUAGAAAAUAUGGCACGUGCUGACCGUUUUCUCUUUGAGAUGGGCAAAAUUGUACACUAUGAACAAAGAUUAAAAGCAUUAUAUUUUAAAAAGAAGUUUCAAGACAGACGCACAGACUGUAAGCAAAGAAUAGAUGGUGUUUUUGGUGCAUCCAAACAAAUGUUCCGAAGUCGUAAACUGAAAAAGCUGUUGGAACUUGUACUUGCACUUGGUAACUACAUGAACCGAGGUCAGAGGGGUAAUGCUAUUGCUUUCAAGAUGGUGUCACUGAACAAGAUCAUUGACACCAAGUCUAGUAUCAACAAAAACAUGACACUUCUGCACUAUAUGGUCACAGUUGUUGAGAAGAAGUUUACAGAAGUGUUGAAAUUAGAUGAAGAUCUUUCCCAUGCUAAAGAUGCAGCAAAAGUCAAUUUUACAGAGCUGGAUAAAGAAAUAAACAAUCUGAAAAAUGGGCUUAAAAAUAUUGAAAAGGAAAUGGAAUUCUUUCGAAAGCAGCACUAUGAUCCUAAGGAUAAAUUUGUGUCUGUGAUGGGAGAUUUCUGCACAGUGGCUGCCUACAAUUUCUUAGAAGUUGAGGAAACAUAUGCAGACAUGAAACAGAAGUAUGAAACCAUGUUGAAGGCUUUUGGAGAAGAACCUGCAGUGCAGCCAGAUGAGUUCUUUGGGAUCUUUGAUACAUUCCUUACAUCGUUCUCAGAUGCCAGACUAGAAAAUGAAAAAAUGAGGAAGCAGAAAGAAGAGGAAGAAAAAAGAGCGAAAAUGGAGGAAAAAUUGAAAAAAGAGAGAGAAAAACGUUUGAUGCUGAAAAGAGGAGGAAUGUCUACAGAGAAGAAAGAUGGGAAAAUCACCGUAGUUAGUGUAGAAAAUGGAGAGAAAGGAGAAUUUGAUGAUCUGAUAUCUGCUCUGCGGACAGGAGACGUGUUUGGGGAAGACCUGGCCAAGAUGAAGAGAAGAAGAAGAGCGGCCAGCAGCACCACCAUGGACCGCGAACGAGUGGGCCACAUCAAUGGGAUGAAAUAGGCUCAACAUAACCAUGUGUAUUUUAUAUAUACGUAUACACCAUUUAUAGGCUUACCAUCAUGUGAAAAGAUGGCCUGCCACCUUUCAUAAUAUUACUAGGCAUCUCUAGCUAGUGUUCUGUGUCAAGAGUGUUUUUAAACAUAUCGUCCUGUGAGAGCUGUGCAAUUUGAUUUCAUAUCAGUAGAAUAGCCUUAAGUACAAUAAAUGUUGCCACAAAUAUCAUAUAUUCCCACAUGAUAUGAUGCUUUUAUGGAUGAAAGUAAAGUUUGUUUUAUUUAACGACGCCGCUAGAGCACAUUGAUUUUUUAUCUUAUCAUCGGCUAUUGGACGUCAAACAUAUGGUCAUUCUGACACUGUUUUUUUUAGA